CACAUCCUUUGCAUUGCAUGCCAUUUCAUAUUCUUCCUUUGUGUGUGUAUAUACAUAUAUAGGAGGUGAGAGAGAGAAAAGAAGACCCCAGAUAAAUUUUAUUUAUUUUUAUUUAUAUUUGUGAUGAAAAACAAGAUGGAUUUCUUGUAUGGCUCCUAUCUCUCAUUCUUCUCUCUCCUUGCCUUUCUUUGUAUUAUCAUUAUUUCACCAUCACCAUUAGCUCAAGCCUUCAAUCUCAACACCAUCUCCUUUGAUGAAGGCUACUCUCAUCUCUUUGGUGAUGCCAAUCUUGUCCGGUCUCCCGACGGCCGCGGAGUACGACUCCUCCUCGACCGAUUCACCGGGUCUGGUUUUAUUUCUUCAAGCAUGUACAACCAUGGAUUCUUUAGUGCCAAUAUCAAGCUACCAUCGGAUUAUACAGCCGGAGUUGUGGUUGCCUUUUAUACAUCAAACGGGGAUGUAUUUGAAAAGACACAUGAUGAAUUGGACAUAGAGUUCUUAGGAGACAUAAAAGGGAAGCCAUGGAGGUUUCAGACAAACUUGUAUGGAAACGGUAGCACAAGCCGAGGAAGAGAAGAAAGAUACCAUAUGUGGUUUGAUCCAACGAAGGACUUCCAUAGAUACAGCAUCCUUUGGACCUCCAAGAACAUCAUAUUUUUCCUCGAUGAAGUUCCAAUCCGGGAGGUGGUUCGGAGCGAGGAGAUGGGUGGAGACUUCCCGGCGAAGCCAAUGUCCUUAUACGCCACCAUAUGGGAUGCCUCAACAUGGGCUACUUCCGGUGGCAAGUACAAAGUUAAUUACAAAUACGCACCGUUUGUGGCCCAAUUUAAAGAUUUAGUACUAGACGGAUGUCCCGUGGACCCCAUCCAAGAAUUUCCGGCCACAGCGUGCUCCGCCAUUGACUUGCAAAUAGAGAGCAAUGACUACUCAGUGGUGACGCCGGAGCAACGGGCUGCCAUGCGCCGGUUCCGGCAGCGUUACAUGUAUUAUUCAUAUUGUUAUGAUACAUUAAGAUACCCCGUACCACCACCCGAAUGUGUAAUUGUACCAUCAGAGAAGUUGAGGUUUAAGGAGACCGGAAGGUUGAAGUUCGGUGGUAGUCAUAAGAGCCACAAACGCCGCUCAAGGAGGAGGAGCCAAACUCCGGUGGCGGUUUUGGACAACGAUGACUAGCCAGCAACUUGAUCAGAUUUUGUGUACAUUGAAAUAUAUGUUUAUGGUGUUGAUUGGGCUCUGAAUUCUUCCAUGUCAUUUGCAAUAAUAGAAUUUACUAUAAUGGGAGAAAGUUGGUUCUUUUUUUUCUUGUAAAAAUUGGUUAAUUUUUUGUAAUUAUUGCAUGAUACUUUUUUCUU